AUGCCGCCCUCAGUCUACAUCCUCCUCCAGCGCGACACGGAAACCAACGUCACAAUCUCCUCAGUCUAUCUCGACUUGCAAGACGCCAACUCCGCGCUUCUUCAUCUCGCGCAAGAAGCUGGCGUCGAUCCCGCAACAGUCAAACCCUCUACAAACACAGAGGAAGUCCAGCAGCCAUCAAUCGUCAAGGAGCCACUACGAUGGGAGGCCGCUGAUGGCACGGCCGCUUGGGUUGAGCGCCAUACUGUGACGAAUCGCAAGGUGCAUGCGCCCGGAAGUGCUGAGAAGCCUGGGUUGAAGAGGAAUGAUAGUCAUUUGUAUAUCAACGAUGAUGAUGAUGAUGUUAUUGAGGUUGUGGAUCACGAUGGACAGUACGACUAA